AUGACUGACGCUCUGGAAACUGGAGACCUCAGCCUCAACCUGACAAAACUCCAGCUCUCCGACAGCGGCACCUACACCUGCACCGUCAGAGACUCUAGGGGAGAACAGAGAGUGACAGAGAUACAGCUGCAGGUCAAAGGUCAGCAACAAACCCUAACAGCUGCUGUAGAUACAGGUCAGAGUCUACAAGGUGGAGGUGGAUUCAGAGGUGGAGUCUGUACUGCUGCCCUGCAAACCACAGUUCACCUGCCUGAAGACGGCACAGUGGAGUGGAGGGACGGAGACAACGAUGUGCUCCACGUAUAUAAGAACGGCUCUGACCAGCCUGAAGAACAGCACAGUUUUUACAGAGACCGAACAGAGAUGAAGAGAAAUGCGCUGAGAACUGGAGACCUCAGUCUGACCCUGAAAUACCCCACAGACAGAGACAGAGAAACCUACACCUGCACCGUCUACAGCAGGGAGAGAGACAUCCUGAUGAAGAAACAAGUCCUGCUGCAGGUCAAAGUCUGUCAGGUGGAGGUGGAGGAGGGGGCGGAGUCUGUCCUGCUGCCCUGCAAGACCACAGAGAACCUGCCUGAGGACGCUACAGUGUGGUGGAUCCACUAUGAUCCCUAUAAGAAGGUCCACGUGUAUCAGAACGGCUCUGACCAGCCUGACCAACAGGACCAGGUUUACAGAGACCGAACAGAGAUGAAGGAAGACCUGCUGAGAACUGGAGACCUCAGUCUGACCCUGAAAUCCCCCACAGACAGAGACGGAGGACGAUACGACUGCGACGUCUUAAACAAGAAGGGAGACCUCAUGAGAGAGAAAAGAGUUAAUCUCAGGGUCAAAGAGAGAAGCAGGAACAGAAGCAGCUCCACUGAUCCAACUCCUCUGAUGGCCGAUCAAUCUGUUUGAUCUUUGAUCAUUGAUCCGAUCUGACUCUGGAUCAGAGAGAAAAUGGAGGUGAAGCAGCUGAUGGAGGACGGAUGAAGACAGGAGGACGCUUUGUCAGCUUCCUCUUCACUCUGACUCCUCCUACUGACUCUCACACACAGUCUACACACUCACUAUUGAUUCCUGCUGAUCAGUGAUGUCAGAGUGAGGUCAGCGUGAUGUCACAUGGCUUGAACGGGCGUGUUUCCUGUGAACCUCCCAGCGGCUGGAUAACAGCUGCGGCUCUCUGGAUAUUUGUGGCUCGUUCUAAUGCGUGCAGUCAAACAAACUUUAUUUCUACAGACACAGAGAAGUCAGCAGCUGCAGGAAAUCAGAACCACUGACAGGAAGUUAAGAGUCAAGUUAAACCACAUGUCAGAACUUUCUACAGCAGCAGGAUUUAGAAGAUGCUGGAAGCUGCUGUCUUUAGAUUUUGGACCCGUCACAAUUUGUCACAUUUUCUGAAGCCACAACAAAUCUUGUUGAAAGGAAACAGUUGAUUGAAGGUCCAGUUUCAAACGAAGAGUCAAAGCUUCUCUUUGUGUCGACUCCUUUAAUGAGAACAUUGAAAAGGACUCGAGUCCAAGUCUCAAGUGUCCAGCUCAGAUUAUUCCAGCACCAACCCUGGCAGGAUGCAAGUUAAACAGAAAGCAACACAUUUAGUGACAGAACAGAAAGCAGCCAGCUGUUAAAAUGGACUCAGAGAAUGAAGACACAAUAAGAUUUGAUUCAGUCAGACUUUCACAAGAACAAAGGUUUGUUCAGCCUGAACACAAAUGUGGUCUGUAGUGUUUUUGUAGUCCCUGUUUAUUCAGCGCCUCUUCCUCCUCACUACACACUGGAUCAAAGCACAGCAGUUAAACCCAGAGGCCUCCAGUGGACCUGGUUCAGGCCUCUGAAACAUCUGGACUCUGUGAUCUUUGUCUUCCAGCGUUGACAUUUGGAGCAGGUAUAAACAGACGUCACGUGAUCUAGUUUGUUUGAAGCGUACCGAGUCCUUCAGACGUUGAUCUCAGAACUCAGCAGAAACUCCACUUCUUUAGUCUCUUUCCUCCAGGUUCUGGUUUUUCUUGUCUCUCUGUUCAUUCCUCAAAGAUAAAGCUGGAUUUUUCAUUGAAGCUGAAACAUUUCAGUAAAUAUGCCAGAUUUAGCCAGAAGGCUGUUUUUCAUCUGUAGUCAGUACAAGUCAACACAAAACAGACAACAUAGUAAAACCAACCCAGGGACCAGUAGACUCCAGCACAAUAUACUAGCAGUCAUUAUGUUCCAGUACACAGGUCAUGAACUGUUACCAGAGGAAAUCAGAAGCUUACAGUAAUCUGUUGGACUCAAAGAUGUUAUGUUAUUAAAGUGCUGUUUAUGCACUCAGAUCUAAUUCAAUAAUCUGGUUUCCUGCAGCGGUUUGAAGCCAAAAUAAACAUUUUGCUGUGAUUUCAUUUCAAUAAACUGAUCAAAAUGAU